CCCCCGGCGCGGGGCGCACGCAGCGGCUGAGCCCGGGCCCUGUGCGUGCCGUGCGCUCGCCCUUGGCGCGCGUGGCGGUGUGUGCCCCCGGCGCUGCCGUGCCUCCGGGAGGGGGAGGCGAGGCUGCGCGCAGCUCCCGACGAGCCCGGCAGGCAGAGGAGCAGGGAGGGGAGCAGAGGGAGGGGACCCCGGUCGCGGGAGGAGGAGAGAGGCGAGGAGGCGGCUCUGGCAGCGCGCGGCGGCGGCGGCGGCGAGCCGGACUGGGAGCCCAGAGCUCGGUCGGGCAGCGGGAGAGGAGGAGCCGCAGCAGCUGCAGCCCUGCCAGCUUGGGCCGAGCCUUCCGACACCGGCCUGGCUGGUCCACGCCAGCCGCAGACCGAGGCUGAGCAUGGAGCUGUCCCCCCGCAGCCCUCCCGAGAUGCUGGUGGAGGAGUCGGAUUGCCCGUCACCCCUGGAGCUGAAGUCGGGCCCCAGCAAGAAGAUGUGGAUUAAGCUCCGGUCUCUGCUGCGCUACAUGGUGAAACAGCUGGAGAACGGGGAGGUAAACAUUGAGGAGCUGAAGAAGAACCUGGAGUACACGGCAUCCCUGCUGGAGGCUGUCUACAUAGAUGAGACGCGGCAAAUCCUGGACACGGAGGACGAGCUGCAGGAGCUGCGGUCAGACGCAGUGCCUUCAGAGGUGCGGGACUGGCUGGCCUCCACCUUCACCCAGCAGGCCCGGGCCAAAGGCCGGCGGGCCGAGGAGAAGCCCAAGUUCCGGAGCAUUGUGCAUGCGGUGCAGGCGGGCAUCUUUGUGGAGCGGAUGUUCCGGAGAACGUACACCUCCGUCGGCCCCACUCACUCCGCCGCUGUCCUUAACUGUCUCAAGAACCUGGACCGCUGGUGCUUCGAUGUCUUCGCCCUGAACCGGGCUGCCGAAGACCAUGCCCUGAGGACCAUCGUGUUUGAGCUGCUGACUCGGCACAACCUCAUCAGCCGCUUUAAGAUCCCCACUGUAUUCCUGAUGAGUUUCCUGGAGGCCUUGGAGACAGGCUAUGGGAAGUACAAGAACCCUUACCACAACCAGAUCCACGCAGCCGAUGUCACCCAGACAGUGCAUUGCGUCUUGCUCCGCACGGGGAUGGUGCACUGCCUGUCAGAGAUUGAGGUCCUGGCCAUAAUCUUUGCUGCAGCAAUCCACGACUACGAGCACACAGGCACCACCAACAGCUUCCACAUCCAGACCAAGUCCGAAUGUGCCAUCCUGUACAACGACCGCUCUGUGCUGGAGAAUCACCACAUCAGCUCCGUCUUCCGAAUUAUGCAGGAUGACGAGAUGAACAUUUUCAUCAACCUCAAAAAGGAUGAGUUUGUUGAGCUGCGAGCGCUGGUGAUUGAGAUGGUGUUGGCCACCGACAUGUCCUGCCAUUUCCAGCAAGUGAAAACCAUGAAGACGGCCUUGCAGCAGCUGGAAAGGAUUGACAAGUCCAAGGCCCUUUCUCUGCUGCUCCACGCCGCUGACAUCAGCCACCCCACCAAGCAGUGGUCAGUCCACAGCCGCUGGACCAAAGCCCUCAUGGAGGAAUUCUUUCGCCAGGGUGACAAGGAGGCCGAGCUGGGUCUGCCGUUCUCUCCGCUCUGCGAUCGUUCCUCCACCCUGGUGGCUCAGUCCCAGAUUGGUUUCAUCGACUUCAUCGUGGAGCCCACGUUCUCUGUGCUCACCGAUGUGGCUGAGAAGAGUGUCCAGCCUCAGACGGAUGAUGACUCCAAGUCAAAAAGUCAGCCCAGCUUCCAGUGGCGCCAAGCUUCUUUGGAUGUGGAAGUGGGAGACCCGAACCCUGACGUGGUCAGGUUUCGCUCCACCUGGACCAAAUACAUUCAGGAGAACAAGCAGAAGUGGAAGGAACGGGCAGCAAGUGGCAUCACCAACCAGAUGUCCAUCGAUGAGCUGUCCCCCUGUGAGGAGGAGGCGCUGCCCUCCCCAGCCGAAGAUGAGCACAACCAGAAUGGGAAUCUGGACUAGUGGGGGGCCGGCCCAGGUCCUCACCGAGUGCAGAGUGUCCGAUGUCAUCAGCACCAUCCAUUGGGACCGGCUCCCCCAUCUGCUCCAAGGGAGCACGGAGCUCACAGAACCGAUCACCCCUGUAAAGGCCGAACGCCAGAGACUGGGGUGCACUUCAACCUCCCGGCAUCAAGACUGGGGUGCUCCAGGCUUCCCACGGUCACUGUGCCCAUCCUCCUGCCUCCGGAUGCCCCCCCACAGCCAGAGGGCUGGCUGAGGAGGGCCUCCCGGAGGCUUCCCGACGCCUGGGGCAGGGGUCCGAGCUGCCAGCCCCCAGGCCCUCCCCACCCUUUUGGCCUCCAAGUUUCUAAGCAAUACAUUUUGGGGGUUCCCUCAGCCCCCACCCAGAUCUUAGCUGGCAGGUCUGGGCCCUCCUUUCCUUCCCCUGGGAGGGGCUGGAACAGACUCGAAAGUGGGGUGAGGUGGGGUGGGGGGAUUUCCGAGCCCUCUGCGUGGGGAGGGGAGAGGGUGCCUUCAGGGCCUGGGAUCUGAGGGGCAGCCUCUUCGCCCCACACCUGCACUGCUUCCGCCCCGCCUCGGCCCACCCCCAGCCGCCUGCCUUCUCUCCUGUUCUGAAAUGGCACCGGGGGGAGGCGAGGAGCCAGUGGGAGCAGGGCCUGAGGAGACCUCUCCUAGGGUCCCCAGGUUCUGGGGCCUGAGUCCCUUUUGCCUCCUUCCCCACCCCCCGGGGCGGGAGGUCCCAUCCGACCAAUGUCUGUAAAGUGCUUGGAGAAGCUCCCCCCCACCCCGCCGGAGGACGUCUCUUAGGGGUGCAGGCGGGAGGGCCGCUGGGUGGGGUGCAGGGUAUGUGAGGGGGGAGUGGAUCCAGUGAUCCUGUGUGGUGGAUGGAGGCGAUCUUCCCCCUUCCCCUCCCAGCACCGUGGGGUGGGGACCCGCCGGGUGCUGCCCGUGCCCUCUGGGGUGGCCCCUCCCCCCAGCCCUGCCCUCCUUCCAUGUAAAUACCAACCAUGCAUUGUACAGUGGGCCCUGGUGGUGUGACUCCAUAUUCAUGGUCUCUGAGACCUGCCACCUUGACACUUGUCCCUCCUGACCCAGCACAGCGCGGGGCAGAGAUGCAUGUGAUGAUGCCCCCCCCCCACCCCUACCUUGGUCUCCCAGAACCCUACUAUAGCCAGAGAUCAAUAAAAGGAGACCAGGCUUG